AUGUUCGACUUCCCUACCGCAGUACACAAAGCAGAAUAUAACAUCGUCAAGAAGCCAGUUGGGAAGAAAAGCGGUAAACCGAUCGAACCAGCACACAAACUCGAGAUCAGUCUUGAAGGCGACAGCUUCACCAAGGAGAAGUAUGGGAUUUUCUUGAACUAUCAGCUCCAAAUCCAUCAUGACCCAGCCUCCCGCUGGGGGGAAUCGGCUUUCAAACGCUUUCUGUGUUCAGGUCUGGAUCGAAAGGUGUUGAAAAUUAGUGGGAAUACACUAAAGCUAGGUUCUUAUCAUCAGUGCUAUCGAAUUGAUGGCAAGCUAGUUGCCGUCGGCGUGCUUGAUCUUCUACCCCAUGCUGUGAGCUCUGUCUACUUGUUUUAUGAUCCAGAAUAUCAACAUUGGGAUUGGGGUAAAAUUAGUGCUCUCCAAGAGAUUGCCCUUGCCGUAGAAGCACGCUAUGAGUAUUAUUAUAUGGGCUAUUAUAUUCACUCAUGUAUCAAAAUGCGAUACAAGGCCAGCUUUUCACCAACCCAUUUCUUAGAUCCCGAGAGCCUCGAUUGGAAUCUCUUUGAUGACAACUAUCGCAAGCAACUUGACCAACGGCAAUAUGUUUCUCCCUCGCGCGACCGCGAAACCGCCCCAGCUGCAGCAGACAGUGAUGAUGAGGAUGCAGAAAUUCCUGAAGGAUCGUUAUUCGACUACAACAUUCCAGGUGUCCUGACAAAAGAAGAGGUGGAGAAACUUGACCUUGAUCAUUGGCGAUUGGUGGUAAGAGAUACAUUGAUCGAGCUAGAGGAUCUUCGUGGUUGGGAAGACUGGAAAGUCGACGACCCUGGCUCAAUAAAAGGGAUUGCUGCAGAAGUGAUCGCCGCCACGGGACCUAAGCUACUGAACAAUUCAGCACUCGUCUUGUUUUGA